ACCUUUUUCAGUUAAGCUGAUAAACGCCUUCUUUCAGCCGCUCAGAGAACGUUGUUGACUUUGCUACGAAUUUUUUUUUUAAAACAGUAACCCGAUUUCUCAGUUCUACACUUUGCAAAAUGUCUGCAGACAACGAUUGUGGUGCCUGUGAGAAAAAGUUAUUGGUUAGCGGUGAUGUAGGAUGUGGCAAAACAUCCUUACUAUUCACAUACAGCAGGAAAACAUUUCCGAACUCAGAAAAUCCGUUUCUCUACGAAAAUUACUCCGCAGAUGUUGAAGUAAAUGAAAAAGUAGUGAAAUUUGAGUUGUGGGACAAUACUUGUCAAGAUCAUUACAGUCAGAUACGAACAUUAAACUAUCCAGGCACCGAUGUAGCUCUGUUAUGCUUUUCUGUUGAUGAUCCAAACAGCCUGGAAAACAUAAAAAAGAAAUGGUUGCCUGAGCUAAAGUUAUAUUGUCCAAAUAUUCCUUUCUUAGUAGUUGGCAAUAAAAGUGAUUUAAGAAAGAAUUCUACACUCGAAAAUGCUGUGAUUUUCGAACAUAAGAAAGUUGCUAAGGAAUUAGGUGCACAUGCUUAUCUUGAAUGUUCCGCUAAACUUCAAGAAGGACUUCAGGAAGUAUUUGAAACUGCAGCAAAAUUAACUCUUUCGGUGCAAAAUAAAUAAACACUUUAGCUACCUUUAAAACUUUGCGAAAUGUGCUUUUUUUUUAUUGCUACUUAAACGGACUUUUCUUACAGUAAUGCUAGAGUAUGAUCAUUUACGUUUCUUUCUGCAAUUGUAUUUGCGGAAAAUUCAUAACGUGAAAAUGUGCCAAAUCUGUUGCUUAAAAAUUUCAUUUUAUUUGUUAGAAAUGUUGUUAUGUUAAUUGUGCGCUGAAAGAUGCUUUUUAAACUGCGAACUGAUGCAAUACUAUGAGACUAUUUUGAAGUAACAUGCAUCGAAUGAAAAUUAUUUUGCAAGUUAAAUAACUAAUCUUUCAGUGUUUAGCACUUUAAUCGAUAUGCGCUUGCAGAGUUGUGAUCAAAAUUCAGGUAAAUCGUUUAGUUAGCAUAGUAUUGUAAACGAUAUAUUCCUUCAUAAACUUCAGAUUAAGAUGAUUUUAUUAGCUGGACUGAAUACUAAAUAUAGAUGUUUCAUUAUUAUCCUAUUCAUUUUAGUUUGCAUCCUGAUAAACGGCUAACGUAGUUUUUUGCAAUAUAAUUAGUUAAUUUCAAAUUGCUUAUAAUCCAUCUCUCCCUACAGCUAAUAUAUAUAUAUAUAUAUAUAUACAGUAUAUAUAAACAGUAAUUGCUUGACAUAUUUGAAUCUAUAUUUUAUAUUUCUAUUAUGUGUUAGUAAGUAUGCAUGUAUUAUGCACGAUGAGUAAGAGAUUCGGCUUACUAAGAAAUACAGUGCUUUAAUAUUUUUAAGGACCUUAAUUUGCUGAGUUGGUAACCAAUUCUGUAUGGAUUAUGUAAUACUACGAAAGCCAACUCAGCGGAUUUCAAGAUUUCAGUAUAUAUAAACUUUUAAGACAUGAGUGUCUAAACUAUGACCAUUUGAGGGCCGCAUUGUAAAGGAAAAAAAAAUUGCGGGGCCGGAUUGCAAAGAAAAAACGUUUGCGGAGUCGUGUUU